AAAAAUUUAAUUUACGAUAUUUUUGGGGGUCCUUAAAGUGGCCGUUGGUCCAGGUAGAAAGGAUAAUAUUCAUAGGAUCAUCUGGAAGUGCAUUAAAUUGCGCCUGCGUUUCCAAUUCGCGCCAAUGCCCGGUACAGAUGGCAGAUGUUUUGUAACCAUCGGAGUGUAUACGGCAGAGUAAAAUUCAGUGGUUUUUAUUUAAUUUUUUUCGGGUAAACGGCUUAUCGAAAUUAAGAAAAAACGGUACCACACCAAAGCCCGAAGUUUACACAACAUGAAAAUCGUAUUUUUAACGUUUUUAAGCUAGCCUCGAUGUUUAUUCAGCUAGUGUUUUCUUACCAACUCUUGCGUUUACUAGCCUGCUUAGUUAGGAAACCAUUUUGUUUCCUUCACGGGAAUAUGUAGUUUUUUUCUUUUGUUUUAUUAAUAUAAAUUAACCUCUUAUCAAAAUUUAGUGCAGUGCAUAUUUCUAGAAUAGGACCAAAAUUAAAGAUUCUAUCAAACUCCCGACAAAAACUUCCAAAACACAAUGACCAAAAAGUGAUACAAAACCAACCACAAAACCAAACCAGAGCACCAUGCCUCGUACAAUCAGAAAUAGCGAGAGUCCUCGAGGGGGUUACAGGACCGUACCCUCGAGCUCUACACCAGACAUGACUAUCAUCAAAUCCGAACUGACACCGAGUCCGCAUUUGCUGGAUCAUGGUUACGGAGCUACGCCUAUCAAUCAGAUUAUGUCGCCAUCGAUUCCGACCCAAGCGCCAGCUGUCAAACGGAAAUUAAAUUUGGACUCUCAUCACUGUGUAGCACCGUCAGUGGUGCGAAUAGACAAUGAAUUUAAGGCACCACAACCUAAGAAACCAAGAAGGCAACCACCGGCUAAGAAGAAUACUAGGUAUGACACUUCGUUGAGUUUAUUAACAAAGAAAUUCUCAGAUCUGUUAGAGAGGAGUCCCAAUGGUGUAGUAGAUUUGAAUAGAGCAUCUUUAGAACUAAAGGUGCAAAAAAGGAGGAUUUAUGACAUCACAAAUGUAUUGGAAGGUAUCGGUAUAUUAGAAAAAAAAUCAAAAAAUAAUAUCCAAUGGAAAGGGGCACAUGGACAAAACAGUAAGUAUCUGACUUUAACAAAGAAGAUACAGAGCCUAGAAGACAUGGAAAAUAAUCUAGAUAGGCUGAUAGUGUCCGCAGAAAGCGAAUUGAGUAAAUUAACGAAUGACAGGUACGGAUAUGUAACUUACCAAGAUCUCCGAUCCAUCGACUCCUUCCGAAAUAAAACAGUGAUGGCGAUCAAAGCGCCACCAAGUACACAACUUUCUGUACCUAGAACCGAUAGAUACGAAGAUAAGUACAGUAUCCAAAUGAAAAGUGAAAUCGGUGAAAUUGAUGUAUUUCUUUGUCCGGAGAACAUCCCUCCAGUCAAACCUAAACACGUACCACCAAUGGAUAUGUUAUUGAGGGAUAUUAAAAUCAGUCCCGGUCUAUUUGAUAUGUCUACUCCGCUAGUGCCUCAGUUGGAAAGCCCAACGCCUAGACCAAUAUCGUCAGGGAUUUGCAGAAAUAUAACGUUUUCAAAAGACUCCUUCGAUCCAGGUCCAAGUUCGCUAGGUAAUAAUCAAGAAGAACAUCAAAAUCACCUGCAGAAUCAAUCACAUCAACAAAACCAGCAAUUGGUGACGCCGCAACACUCCCCCGAACAAUUGCUAAAGAGCGAAAUGUUUCUACAGGGUGAUGGAGAAGGAUUCGGUCCUAUGGUGGGGCGUUAUAACUUUAGUAGUACACAGACUGAAAUUAAUAGUAAUUUAGGUAUUACGGAUCCUCUGUUGAGCAGUGAGUUGGUCUUAUUAGAACCACUUAUGCAAUCCGAGUACAACUUCAGUUUAGACUCAACGGAAGGUUUAGCGGAUCUCUUCGAUUAUGAUUUUCUUUGUUGAAAGAUUUUUGCUCACCCAUGUACAAAUUACACUUAAAAAAAAUACCACAUCAUUCGGAAAGAUACGAUAGUUAUAUAUCUUGAAUAAUUGUUUGGCUUAUUGUUACAAAAUCGUCACAAGAAGUGGCCUUAGAAAUGUUCCUUGUAGUACUCCAAUGUUUAGAUGUUUUUUUUUGUUUUGGUUGGAUUUUAGUGAGUUUUUUGAAAUUUUGGACAAUAUUUAAACAGGGUAAUUGUUUUAGGAGUUGGUAAAUGGACGUUGUUAAAUUUUACAAGUGUUGUUAGUUUGUUCCAUUUGAAUAAUUUUAUGAUAACAAUCAAAUAAUUUUCGAAUUUCGUGGUAUAAAAUUUUUUCGCUAGUUACCAGAAAUGUUUAUUAAAUUUAUUUCAGUCUUGUUUGCUUCCUUUUCAUUGUUAUAUGAAUAUAACUUUCAUGUCUUUCUGAAGGGUGUUACAAAAUAAUUACUUUUAGUAAUAUCGAAUAGGUAAAUUCACAGAGUCCACAUGUCAUUUGAUAUUUUUUCACAUUUUUUGGCAUACAAUAUUUUUCCAUCUUGAGGUUUAAAACGUUCAAGAACCUUCGAAAAAGAACAGAACAUGUUUUUUGUGCAAUUUUUAAUAUUUCAUCAUGUUCUGUAAUGAUUUCCAUUUGAGGAAUGGUUUUACUGAUAACAUAAACUAAUUUCUAUUAGAAAUCUACAUAUGUUUCAUAUUUGAUGAAGGUAAUUUCAUUUUAUGUAGUUUUGUUUUCAAAAUUUCUCAAAAUGCUAUACAAAUUUUUAGCUUUUAAACUUACCUUUAGAUUAAUUAAAACCUCAAGUAAUUUUGAAUUACAUUUUAAUAGUAAAUUGAUAACUGACCUGACAAAGUGAGGAAAAGCAGUUCAUCGAUCCUAAUUACCAAAUUUUAAUGUUUUAAAUAUCAAUUUUUGUAAUUUUGAAGGGUUUUAUUAAAUUUCCAAAUUUUCAAAUAAAUUUCAAAGUAACAAAGUAAGUAAAAGUAUUUAAUUGAUUUUGAUUGUUAAAAAUUUCAUUGUUUAAAAUAACCCUUCAUGAAAUUCAAUAUUAUUCCACGUCAUACUAGCGAAAAAUUUAGUGCAUCAUCACUAAGUAGAGUCCGAUCAAUCAUAAAUUGUUAAAAUAAUUUUUUUUAUUCUGUAUUGAUAUUUUGGUGCAAACAUGUAUUUUCAUACAUACAAUUUGAAAAAAAUGCAGAAUUUAUGAGGAUUAUAAAUUAAUUAUAGUAUUUUCAAAAACACUAGUUGCGGAUUUACAAAUUAGCCACCUGCAGACUUUUAAUCUUCUGCUUCCUCUACUGAUUUUUGAAAUUCAAUACCUUAGUUCACAAUUAUACAAAUUACAUUUUUUAUAAAAAAAUCUCAACUUUAUAAUUUGAAAAUUGACAGUACAUGUUAAAUCCUUAAUUAUUUUCAACACAAGGAACUGUUUUUUUAAGAACAAUUUUAUGAAAUAAAAGAUAAAAGUAGCUUUGAAAGUGUACGCAUUCCUGAACUAAUUCCGAUACUAAAUCAUUAGGUACAAUUUUUCAAGGAACCUACUUUUUAAUGGUAACAACUCAACUCAAACAUAAGAAGUGAAAAUUUCAAGAAAAAUUAUUUAUUACAUAUCUUACCGUCAAGUAACUCUACACAAAAUAUUUUUACAAAUUAUUGUCUACAAAAGUACACUAACCUAAUCUAUCCUUCUAUAACUAUAAAACUAAAAAAAUUACUAAAACAAGACGAAAAUUAACACACUAUUAAAAUAUUCUGAGUUACAGUGCCUAAAAUGGUUAAGAGAUGUAGUAGGAUCUUAUUUCAAACGUGAAAUUGUGUGAAAUUAUAUAGUGGUAUGAAAGAAGUUGAAACAUUUUUAUUUUGCUUGAAGUUUUUCUUGUAACUUUUUCAAACGAAUUUUUAGUAUUAGUUUUUAAAAAUCACUUUAACAUAUAAAUUAUUAUCUUACUGUGUACACAUAAACAGUGAGAAAAAGUAGUUUUUUGAUUCCGAUAGAUAAAAUAUUAAUUUUGUUAAGCAUCCUUGGAAUUAUUACCAUAUUAGUAGUAUUACCACGAUUUUUAAACUAGUGUAUAUCAAAAGUUUGGAUUUUUUUGAACGUUUUAAUCCUUUGACAAAUUUCACUAACCAAAAAGUCUUCACGUUCUGUGGUAUAUAUAUAUUUUCAAAUAUUUAUUUACGAUAUGUUUUUUGUUAAUUUUACUGUUAUUUCGCGUAUCAAUAUGCUUAAUUUUAUGUAUAUAAACAAAACGGUGCGAUUUGUUUUCAACAUCUUCUGGCUAUAGUUUUAACGGACAUUACAGGACUGAUUUGGCGUGCCGGUGCGUCACUAUUAGUGAUGACGGAAAUAUUUUUCAGUGAUGAGACUUACUUUUUUUUUAGAGGAAAAAAUGGACAAUUGUACGAGGUAGUUCGUUUAUCUUUUAUGAAUUGAUUGGUGCUACGUCUAAAUUUUUUUUCUACGUAAACCUAUGAGGGGAAACAAGGAUAUUUUAUAAAAUAAACUGGAUUGCUAAAAUGUCGGAAAAAUUCGCCGAUUUAGAACUACGAAUUUGUACAGGGUUAUUACUAACUGAAAUUACCUACCCGAAUUUAAAUCUGAUAGUUUUAACAUCAGAAUACGUAUUUAAUAUUUUUUUUUCAUUUUAACGAAUUUAUGUUGGUUAAAAUAUUCAAUUUAUAACAUACAGUGUGUCCAGUAGCAUUUAUUGGAAUAAAAUAUUAAGUCGAAAUAACUAAAAAUGGUUUCAUAUUUUGUAGAAUUUUUAUACUGCAAAUAUUCUACUUAUUUUAGUAAUAUCAAAUUGUCCCCAUCUACUUCGAUAACCAAAUAAAAUUAUUUCUGAACGACCUGUGGAAUAUUUCAUAUGAUGAUCAUUGUAUAUAUUACAGUUGAAAACCAUUUUCAGUUAAUUUUAGUUUUGACUAGGGAAAAUUAGUUCUCACAAACCCUUUCAGUUAAAACUAGUUUUUACUAAUCAAACUAUAGUUAACUACAUCUUUUUAUUGGGUUGUGAAAACUAGUGUCAAUUUAAAUAAAAUUUUGGAGCCCCCUUACAACUUUCUCUCUUCGCAGUGUUACUGAAAAAUCAUCCACCAGCUCAGGUGAACGGCAAGAUUUCGUAAGAUGCUUCUGGAAAAAAUCUUGUGAUUCUUAUCUAAUUUGUACAAAAAAAAUAAUAUGCCACGAAAGUUUAUUUUAAAAAUUCUGACUUUAGUUUUCUACCAGAAUAAAAUUUUAAAACAAUAAAUUUUUAGUAGGAUUCUUUAAUGAAAGCUAUUUUCAACUAAAAAUUUUAUUUCCUAGAGAAAAAUGUGAAAAACUAGCUUUAGCGCCGAGGGUAAGGUCAAUACUAGUUUUGACUAAUAAAAACAAGUUUAACGGAAACUAAUCUUUCUUUAUCAAAACUAGAAUUAACUGAAAACGGAUUUCAACUGUAAUAUAUAUGUUGUAUUUGAGUAAUGUCCUGGAAUUGUGGACAGACAUUUAAAUCAAUCAAAAAUUCAUGAAUCGUAUUGAACUGUUUACACUACCACUACACCAUACUUUACCUUACCAAUUGUGUACUACAGUAUGGUGUGAGCCUUGGACUCUCUGUUCUGUUCUUCAACAACGUUCCCCAUCGUCUCACAUUCAUUUUUUGUGAACUUGAUCGGUCCAUUUGACAUGGGGUCUGCCUUUUUUUUGCUACUGUAUGUUUUGGCAUUCAUUAUUCUUUUUGACCAAUCGAAUGAUGUUUGUGGAUUCUCCAGUCUUCUUCGUUCGUAGCAUAUUUCCAUACUUCUCACAUUAAUGUUUACCGAUUUUUUUUUGUUCGAGAUUUCCUUAUUUCUUAGACAGUAGUCAGGGUUUUGUUAAGUGGUGUCUAAUAAAGUUAUUUCUCUAUAGUAUGGCCUUAUCUCCUUUAAUGUAUUGGGCAAAUUAUUUCUUUGUAACACUCACUGACAACCUCUGUUUUCCACAUUUCUUUAUUUCAUGUAUCGCUGUUUCUUCAAACUCAAUUAGUUCUCCCACUAUUGCAUCUUCUCUAUGCGAUUUGUUUUUUUUUAAUUUCCACCAUACACUACACUAACACUGACAGUUACAAGUGUUGGUGUAAUGGUAGUAUAAAUAGUAUAUUCUGUAUGAAUAUAACCAAUGGUUCCAGAAAUUCCAAUUUAGUUAUUGAUGAAUGGUAUUUCAUAAAAUUACAUCACCAAUUUCCAGUAAAAUACAGAAUUAACAAAUGUUUCAACCAACUUCCAUUUCGAAAGGAUUUUAGAAAAAAUUUAAUCCUGUGAAGAUCUUUUUUGGGGUUUUUGUGUGAAUUCACUGGUUCAUCUGAUUAUAAUAUGUGAGUAGAGUAGUGUCCAAAUGAUGUAAAAUAAAUUUGGUUCUUAUAAAAUAUGUAAUUGGAUUUUUAAAAAUCUAAAGCUUUCUUAACUGGUAAAAACCUCAUACUAUAACUACUACUAUCUCCAAUAUUACUUUUAACUUAGAUUUCAAUGUGUGACAAGAGAUUUGCACAAAUUUGUUUAUUUUUUCAAUCAUAUUUUAAGAAAAAAAUUCCUAUAUACACUUAAAUAUAAGUUAUAUAAUUUUUAGUAACAAUUACUCCUAAUUUUGGGAUCUUAAAUUAUGGAACACCCCGAAUAGGAUUUCCAUACGAGUAAAAUAUGGAAAUAAACUUGCAAUUUCAUUGACUUUUGAUGCUCUCAGAAAGUCUUCGACAGUUGUUUCACUCCUUUCUUUUGAAAAUUGCAAUCCCAUUAAGGGCAAGCCCCUUUUGACACAUUGACAUUUGAUACCUAAAAGCAAACCGGAUAAUAAUUUCGUGUAGUUUGAGUUAAACAAAUUACAGUAUGAGUUGUAGACCAUUUCUCGAAAUUUUGAGAUCUACUAAUAGUAACUUAUAUUGCUCGAUAUACUUUUAGUUUGAAAUAAUUAUUAAUGUGUUAAUUUUAUUGCAUUAAUUUUCGAAUUUUAUUUAUAGUUAGAAAAGCAAUGUUUGGAAAUUAAAAAAAAUAUGCUUAAACGACUUCUUCAUUUAUUAUUUUCUUUUCAAUAUCGAUUUCUAAAUGCUUUUCGUAACAGGCUUUCGAUUUUACUGUUGCUUUUUUUACUGCUCCCACAAUUUUUUCUGGAACUCCAUCUUCUAUAUCGAUAUCUGUUUAUCAAUAACUUUCUUUCCCACUAUUUGCUUCUAUUUUUUUAUUUGUACACUUAUAAAAAUUUAAGCUAUAAGGACAAUUUUUUUUCGUAUAGGUUUCAUCUAAUUGACAUUUGCUUGAAUUUUUCAAACACUGCUUUUUAACUACAUAAUGCUCUAGAUUUAACGGCUUUACUCAAUAUAACUAAUUUUUGUGCGUGUAUAAAUUUAUUUUUUCUUUUUUUCUAGACAAAAAAAUGAAUAAAACCAAAAUUUUCAAUAA